AUGUCGACUGAUAAGAUCACCUUUCUGACCAACUGGCAUGCUACCCCGUACCAUGCGCCUCUUUACCUUGCUCAGUCCAAGGGCUACUUCAAGGAGGAAGGGCUCAAAGUCGCCCUCCUGGAGCCCAAUGACCCAUCGGACGUGACCGAGAUCAUCGGCAGCGGCAAGGUCGACAUGGGCUUCAAAGCCAUGAUCCACACCCUGGCGGCAAAAGCGCGUGGAUUCCCCGUCACCUCGUUUGGAUCCCUCCUCGACGAGCCGUUUACCGGAGUUGUCUACCUCAAAGACAGUGGCAUCACCACUGACUUUAAGACUCUCAAGGGCAAACGUAUCGGCUAUGUUGGAGAAUUUGGCAAGAUCCAAAUCGACGAGCUGACCAAAUACUACGGCAUGACUCCCGACGACUACACGGCCGUCCGCUGCGGCAUGAACGUGACCAAGGCCAUCAUCCGCGGCGAAAUCGACGCCGGCAUCGGCCUCGAGAAUGUGCAAAUGGUCGAGCUCGAGGAAUGGCUCGCCUCGCAGGGCCGCGCCCGCGACGACGUGCAGAUGCUGCGCAUCGACCAGCUGGCCGAACUGGGCUGCUGCUGCUUCUGUUCCAUCUUGUACAUUGCCAACGACUCCUUUUUGGCGGAAAACCGUGACAAAGUGGAAAAAUUCCUGCGUGCGGUUAAACGGGCCACGGACUUUGUCAUUGCGCAACCCCAGGUUGCCUAUGAAGAGUAUGUUGAUGUCAAACCCAUCAUGGGCAGCGCCGUCAACCGCAAGAUCUUUGAACGCUCGUACGCGUAUUUCAGUCGCGAUUUGAAAAAUGUCCCGCGCGACUGGGCCAAGGUUACAAACUAUGGCAAGCGGUUGGGGAUUUUGGAUGCCUCGUUCCAGCCCAAUUACUCUAAUGAGUUGCUCUCGUGGGCGCUCGAUGCGGAUUCGACUGAUCCGCUCGGAGACCAGAAGCGCAUGGCCGAGUUGCAGAAGAAGGUCGCCAAGGACGGUGGCUUUCAGCGUCUGGAGGUUGCGAGCAGUGCGUAG